AUGGACAACCAAGAACUCACCAAGAACUGGCAUGGCCUGCAAAUGCAGCGUUUGUCUGUCGUCACACCGGCGGGCCCGCUGUCUGAACACAACUCGGCCUUUGAUAUCCGGUCGAACAGCACGACUGGCUACAAGAACGUGACCUUCAGCCGCAGCAGCAAGAAGUUCAAGGCGGAGGCGAAUGCUGGCGGCAAGGGUGUCCACCUCGGCUACUUCGACACCGUCGAAGAGGCGGCCACCGCCUACGCUCGGUCAGAGUACGGCCGCGCCGACGCCGCCAAGCUGCUGCAGCCUCGCCCCGCUCCCACUCCCGCUGGCGCCGAGGCGAUACGGCAGGCGGAGAGGGAGGGCCUCACCCUCACCGCCAGUAGCAGCAGCAACACCGGCUAUAAAGGCGUCUGCUGCCGCCCAACCUGGUUUGUGGACCUCCCGCACCUUACCCUUACAGGCCACCAUAAGGGACCCCGUUGUCCGUUUGACAUCAGACUUUUUUUGAGUUGGAGGUAA